CCGUGUAGUGUACAAUCACAAUACGCCGCUCUUCUGCACCACCACCACCACCACCACGUCCAAAUCAAGCGCCAGCAGCCGUCCUGGGGUACUCUACUAUACCAUAGAUCGUCAGUUACGGAUUAUGGUACCCGGCUCCAGUAUCAAAACUACGCUCUCUAUAACCGGCCACGCGCGGGUUUCUCCAGCACGACGCCAACUGUGUACGUAUCUCGUACGACGACGUCGCGCUCGUAAAUUUAUUCUUUAAUUACGAUCGGAAAAUGAAAGUUUGAUUUAUUUACUAGUGUCUUCUUCAUCGUCAUUUUUCCUCCCUCCUGGAGAUCGUCGAAAUCGUUCGCUAUUUUUUUUUUUCAUCUCUGUACUCGUAUCGGUGAUUUCGCGACAUUUAUACUUUAUUUUUCAUCUUUUUUUGCAAACAUAUUCUCGUGUAUUUUUUUCUCCUUCUUUGAAUCGGUGUGUAUCGUGAACGUUUUCAUUUUCAUUUGCACUUAUCAUUGUUCGCUUGCAUCAACAGUGAUUUCUAUCCGAGGAUUCGUCUGUGCUGUGACUAGCUGACUGGAGGAGAUGCGAUAUUCAAUUAACGAUUAAUUUGAUGUAUCUUCGACGUUCGACUUCACAAUGCCGAUACCCAUAUGAUUGAAUUACACUUCAGCAGUCGAUAAGUUGAAAACGUGGACCCCCAAAAAAGAGUCCAAAUGAACGAAAAACAGAACCGGUUAUUCGACAGAAUUUGCGUAUACGCGGAUAAUGGUAACGGCUAACGAAAAUGCAACUGUGAAUCGCAAACAUCCACAUUAUUGUCGUCGCUAUUCGAACACGUGCUCCUUAAAACGGGCCUAUUAUUUCUUCUUCGUACUUCUCGUAUUUACCAUUUUUACGAGAAUCGAAGCUAAUCAACCUCCGCAGUUUUUGACUGGUGCUCAAACUGAGAUUGUGUUGAGGUUGAAGGAGGGCCCGGAUAGUCCAGUUGGAACUUUGAUCUAUCGUCUGCAUGGAAUUGAUCCGGAUGGAGACAAGUUGACUUUUGGAGUCAAGGAGCAACCUGGCAGCGAUGUCAUAAGGAUAGAAAAUUUCGCCAAUAAUGAAGCCAACGUGUACCUGAAUAAAGAAUUGGACAGGGAGGUCCGAGACGAAUACGUCAUCAUCCUGACAUUGACAGACGGCCAUCUAGGCGAUGGUAAUUUCAUCACUCAGAGUCUGCUGCUACUGGUGGACGACGUCAACGAUAACGAGCCCGUAUUCAAACCUUACGCCAGCUCUAUUUCGGUCCGAGAGGACAGCGCGCCAGGUAUACUGACCACUGUCGAAGCCACAGAUGCCGACGAAGGGCCUUAUGGACAGGUUGUCUACUAUUUGCAAGAAUUGGACGGAGAUGGCGACGUGUUCUCUGUAUCCACAGUCAAUGGUCGAGGCGUGAUUCGAUUAAUUGGUCAACUCGAUUACGAACGUUCGGCAUUACAUCAGUUGAGAAUCUUAGCCAUCGAUAGAGCCAAUGAUGAAAAGAGAAAAACUGGCACAGCUGCUAUUCUAAUUAAAGUACAAGAUGUCGAAGAUCAGCCUCCGGAAUUCGUCAUGGUUACUCCAGUUACCAGGGUAUCCGAAGAUGCUCCAGUUGGAUCAUCUGUAUUACAAGUUCGAGCCAUUGACGGAGACCGAGGAGUCAACAAUAAGAUCGCUUACUCGAUCACUAGCGGAGCUCAGGAUGUAUUCGGCAUAGAUCAAUAUUCGGGGGUUAUUUCAACCCUAAAGACUUUAGAUAGAGAAAGUCCUGCUACCAAUAAUGGAGCUUACAUCGUACAAAUCACUGCCAAAGAAGAAUCUCAGAUAUUAUUCUCAAAUCCUACCGUUCAAACCGAAAUUACCAUAAUUGUAACCGACGUGAACGAUGAAACUCCUACUUUUAGGAGUGCUCGAUACGUUGGCGAGAUAAAUGAAAAUGCUCAAGCCAACACUCCUGUUACCUUUAUCGGUACAGCCAUUCCUCAAGUAUUCGAUUACGAUCAGGGCAACAAUGGCACUUUUAGAAUGUACAUUGAAGGAGAUGGAGGCAUUUUCGACGUAACGCCUCAUAAAGGAAUCAACGAAGCUUCCUUUUUAAUACGGGUCAAAGAUUCGGCUAAAUUGGAUUAUGAACAAACCAAAGUAAUCAAUUUCACUCUCAUUGCCAAAGAAACAGUGCCAAAAAGUGCUAAAUAUAGCAGCGCUCCAGUUACAAUUUACGUGAGAGAUGUGAAUGACAAUUUUCCAGAGUUUACUCAAUCAUAUUACGAGGUGAAUGUGGCAGAAAAUGCGGCCACUGGUACAACUGUAGCCUGGGUCGAGGCUAUAGAUCGUGAUUCUAGUCUAUAUGGAUCCGAAGGAAUUCGGUACACUUCAUUGGGAGGCAGUUUAGCAGACAAAUUAAGUCUGGAUGCAUUUACUGGUAUUAUCACUAUUAAGUCCACUCAACCUGUGUUCGAUCGAGAACAACUGUCUGUUCAUUACUUGACCAUCGAGGCCAGAGAUGACCUAGGUCAUGGAAAUCGCAAUACUGCUCAAUUGAUAAUCAACGUCGGCGACGUGAACGACAACGCUCCGAUAUUCUCGUUGAAAAAAUACGAUUUCAGAUUACAAGAGAAUAAAAUGGAAUUCGAGUCUGCUUCCAUAAUAGAAGCAUACGAUCUAGAUCUCAAUGGAACCAAAAACAGCGAAAUACGAUACUACAUCGCGAAUUCCAGCGAAUGGACGAAAAACUUCAGCAUCGAUUCAGCUCGAGGAAUACUGAGUCCUAGAAGUGCCAUCGAUUUCGAGAAGCUCCCAGCUCCGGGUAACCCUUGGGUCAAGCUAAGCUCGAACGUGCGUUCGAUUAAUCUAAUGAUCGAAGCUAAAGAUCUCGGGGUACCUAGUUUAUCGAACCAAGUACCCGUUACCAUUUACGUGGAAGACGUUAACGAUCACAGUCCUCGGUUCGAACAGUCUUUCUAUCAAGUCUCAGUUGUUGAGGAUUUACCUCCUGGCAGUUCAGUCAUACAAGUCAAAGCCUACGAUGAAGACGGUUCAUCUCCAAAUAACGCUGUAGUUUAUCGUAUCCAAAGCGGUGCUGAGGAUAAAUUCGUCGUAGACGCGAUUUCCGGAGUGAUACGAGUAGCUCAAGGGGCUAGUUUGGAUCCAGACCUGGCCCAAACCAAAAUAAACUUCUAUUCUUUGAAUGUAAUCGCUUUGGAUGGAGGAAUUGGUGAAAACCAGCGGAAAUCCUCCGUCGUUGUCAAUAUCACAAUACAAGAUGUCAACAACAAACCACCAGUUUUCAUCGAACCUGGAACCAUUCACCUGAAAGAGAAUACUCCGGUUGGCAAAGUAGUUUACAAGUUGAGAGCAACCGACCCCGACGAGAAACCCGUCCUCAGGUAUAAAAUCGACCGAGACUUGUCCGAAGCCAGAAACGAAGACGGAGCUGUGGUCAAAAUCACAGAGUACGAUUACUUAUCCGCAUUUGAUUUGAAUUCAGUCGACGGUACCCUCAAAGUAUCCAAAUUACUUGAUCGAGAAAAGGUCGAGCUGAUCAAACUGCAGUUAAAAGUCGAAGACGUAGCAGCCACCAAGAGCAAACAAGUGUCAUCUGCUAUUUUAACCAUAAUUAUCGACGACGAAAACGACAAUAGUCCUAUUUUUCGCAAGCCAUUUUAUCGCAGAGCCAUAACCGAGAAUAGCCAAGCUGGCGUUACCAUAUUGAGCGUGGUGGCCGAUGAUAGCGAUAAGAAUCGAACCAUUUCUUAUGCUUUGGAGGCCGGAUCUCAGGGAAAACCAAACGAUCUAGUUCACUUAGAUCGAGACACGGGAGAACUAGUGGUAGCCGGACGAAUAGAUCACGAACAAACAGCUUGGUUGAAUGUCAGUAUUCGUGCGACAGAUUCUGGUGUGCCUCCUCGUUCAUCUUUUGUCGACGUAUUCAUUCAGAUCAUCGAUGAAAACGAUAAUAAUCCUUAUUUCACCGAGUCGACCAAAUCAAACAUAACCAUAUCCGAGAACACAGCCAUAGGAACCAAAGUAGCUGUCAUUGAGGCCAAAGAUGCUGAUUCUGGUGAUUUUGGAAAAAUUACCUAUUUAUUGGAUAGAAUUUCGUCGCAGGGUAAAUUCGUACUAGACGCAGAAACAGGUGUGCUGACUGUAAACGACCUCCUGGACAGAGAAUCUUCCAGCACGUAUUCUCUGAUAGUUGAAGCAUGGGACAAUUAUCAAUAUGGUUACGCCAGUGGCGAAAGUAGGAACGCUUUUAAACAACUGACAAUCACUGUUACCGAUGUCAACGAUAAUGCUCCGGUAUUCGAUCGUCUUCCCGACUCUUGCGUCAGUAUCACCGAAUUCCACGAAAUUGGUGAUAUGGUUCUGUUAUUGAAAGCCAUCGACGCAGACGAUCCAAACACACCGAAUGGAAAAGUAGCCUUUCGUAUAGAACAAGGCAAUGAUAUGGAUCUCUUCGAUAUAAGAUCAGUAGAUUCGCUAUCAGCUGGACUGAUUACGACGCAAUCGUUGAAAACGCUUUAUGGAAAUUAUACUUUAGUGGUUCGAGCACAAGAUUUAGGCACUCCGGCUAAAUCUUCUUUGGCGACUAUCAGCAUUUGUGUGACUGAUUUUAAUGAUAACGCACCCAGAUUCAUUUCUCCUCCGCAUAAUAUCACCAUCAGGAUCCCAGAGAAUGCAACCGUAGGCAGCGGAGUAAUAACAGUAGAAGCAAUUGACGAUGAUAAAGGUCCAAAUGCCAUAGUACAUUAUGCCCUGAAACAAGACCUAGCUGGGAACUGGAAAACAUUUUCUAUCAACGAGAAGACAGGCUUGAUUACGUUGAAAAAACCAUUAAACAGAAAGAAACAGAAAAUAUAUCAGUUGAGGGUGGAAGCUUUCGAUUUGGGUAUUCCGACAGCAUUAUCUUCGGAUUUGGAUCUGAGCAUUUAUGUUCGCAAUGUCAACGAUCACCAACCUCAAUUUCUAAUAGACGAAUUUCUCAUCACUUUUACUGAGGGACAAGGAGCAGGAGUUGAGCAAUGGCAACUGGUCGACACUGUUGACCAAGAUCGUGACGAAAUAGACGAAUUGGACGAUCCUCCGUCUCCUGUUUGCUACUACGUGGUGGCUGGAAACGAGCGAAAUUAUUUCUCUUUGGAACCUUUAAGCCAUAAAAUAACGAUACUCAAGGAGCUCGAUAGAGAAGAACGAGACACUCAUGUGCUGAUUGUCAAAGCCAGUGAAGACUGUUUGAACGCUCCUCGUAUUCGAGACCCGGUUGAAUUUGAUCCUCACGAUGAUACUUUGCUCAGAGUCCUUAUUAGAGUCAACGACAUAAACGAUAACCCUCCGAAAUUUGUCAAAAAAACUUUUACCGGAGGAGUUACCACUGAGGCUGAUUUUGGAGCUGAAUUUAUGCAAAUCAAGGCUGUAGACGCUGACACAGGUAUCAACGCCGAACUACGUUACUUCAUCAUCUCCGAACCCGUAUUGAGUCUGAGCGAGGGUCUAGAUAACAUUCAAAUGCCACCUUUCGUAAUCGACGAAAAAACAGGCUCGAUAUUCCUAAACUUCGAUCCCCAGCGUGAGAUGAAAGGAUACUUUGAUUUCUACGUGAAGGUGAACGAUAGCGGAGGAUUAGAGGAUACAGCCCGAGUCUUGAUUUACCUUUUACGAGAAGACCAAAGAGUACGAUUCGUAUUGAGACAAAACCCACCGCAACUUAGAGAGAAAUUGGAUAUUUUUAGGGAUAUUUUAGGAAACGUUACCGGACUAAUAGUGAACGUAGACGAAUGCAAGGUACACGAGAACAAAGACGGUCGAGUCGAUAAAACCAGAUCGGACUUGUAUUUACAUUUCGUGAAUCCGUACGAUAAUACGGUGAUGGAAGUUCCAAAUGUGUUACGUCUCAUCGACGAGAAUAUCGAAAAACUCGACGAUUUAUUCAAGGAAUUCAACGUUUUGGAUACCGAAGCCGUCGAAGCGGAGCCUUUACUCAGAGCUAAUUUAGCCAGCGAUAAUAUUGUAUGGAUUUAUACAGCCGGUGUAGCUGUAUUUUUAAGUUUAAUGUUGCUCGUAGUCACUUGCCUGUGUCUUACUCAACGAUCCAAAUACAGGAGACAGCUCAAAGCUGCUACUAUUAGUGCUUUUGGUUCUUCGGAUUCGGAUUUCACCAGAACUACAAACGGUACCGGUCGUGUGCCAAAUACCAAUAUCCACAGUUCCGAGGGCUCUAAUCCGAUGUGGAUGCAGGCUUACGAGAACGAAUGGUACAAAGCUGAGGAUUCGUUGAGCCAAACAUCAGAACGUGACUCGUUGGAUGAAAACGUAGUAGUAACUAAUAACCCUCAAGACGAAUUUACCGCCAAUAUUGCACGUAUAACUAGUCAACCCAAAGAUGUCUCAAUUCCCAACACUGUCAACACGUUUAUGAGAAACAGCGAUCAAAAUGAUCUGAAUAGAUCGAACGGACACUGCCAUCAAAAUAUCUACAUAACCAGUAAUGGGAACGGCACAGCUAUCUGUAACGGAGGCAGCACCAUUAGCAGCGCGCAGAAGAUAAAUAAUUCGCUGACGGCGACUGCGACCAAAACGAUGACUGCUACGACUACGACUAUCGUUAAGAAAUUGGAAACGACGGAAUUAUGACUAAAUGCCAUAUAAAAUAAUUUAUAGAUUCACAACGAAACGUCCAGAUAUGAAUUCAAAUAGCUUUAAUCGAGCUUGAAGAGAAAUUAUUAUCACGUUGACGUUUUUACGAGUACAACCUGCAUAGAAUGUUUCCGGCCAUGGAGUAUAAAAUAUUGCCAAAAAUUUUGUGGAAUUUUUUGUUACUUACUUUUUUAUUUACUUUUUUUUUUUUUAGGUGAGCGACCAUUCUUUUUUCUCAAUUUUUUUUUUACUUCGUAUAAGAAUUGGAAAAGUAAUGUAAAUUGUCGCGAAUUUUUUUGUCCUUUUUAAUUUUCAUUUAUAACUUUUUUAAAAAAAGUUUUAUGUUUAAAAUAAGUAAUGUGCAUUUUUUUUCUUUUAUUAUUUUCUUUUUUAGAUUUUUUUUUUUUAAUGAAGAUUUUUGUAAUUUGAGAAUUAAUUAAUGGCGUGCCGAGUUCGCUUGAAGUGUCUCGGUUUGCGAACGUAUUUAUUGUAAUUGCAUUUUGAAUUUUCAAUAAAAAUUACGAUUUUUAUCG